ACCGGGCGAAGCGAUGGACAUACAUUAUUUCGCCUCGUAAAGAUAGCACUCCCGUUUUUCAUUCACAUUCGCAUCGCGUCCACACGAUCACGAGUCGAAUUUGAAAGUGUUGGAAAAGCAGCACUGUACGUCACGCAGUUCCUCGAGGCAUGGUUUCCCAGGAAUAUGAGACAUUCGCCGACAAGCUGCCUCAGGCGAACGAGAACAUAUGUGACUCUGCGGAUCCUGCGGCGUCUCGUCGAAAUUCAUCAGAGGAAGAAUUGUCCGACGAUUUGCCUGCGGAUGACCGAAUUGAAAGGAGAGUACGGCAAGGAGCAAUUUUGCCCUUGUCCAUGAGACUCGUGAUGCAAAUCUCUGGUAUUGGCUGUUGCCAGGAAUGCACCGGAAGCAUGGCUCUUCCUGGCAGCAAUUCCAUCAACAGAAACGGAGAUGACGCUAAUCACGAAGAGACUGCUCUACUGGGCGACUACGAUUUGCGUGCCCUGCGCCGUCAAAAGUCGGCCAUCUCCCCCCUGGUAGUUGGACCCAUGAUGAUGCCAGGGAAUAUCGACAAAGAAAAUUCACUUUUGGAAAGAAUUAUUUCAGAGUAUAUUGCCUCCUGCCGCUUUUAUGGCUGUACGGACCGGGUCAACGCAGGUGUGCUGACUACUUUACGGUUCUCCUUACCCAGUUUACGGGUCAGCGGAAGUUUCCACGAUGCUGAUAUGCUAGCUUUGGCCGAAAUCAUGAUUAAGUACGGGAACGGUGCUUUGCGCUAUAUCAAACGAUUAGACUUUUCGCUGAGCUCCAAAGAAGGAAAGCUGAACGGCAAGGCAGGAUUUCGUUCUCACGGGGCCUUUACGCUGGCAAAAAUACUUCAAAUUUCUGACUACAUUGAAGAAGUUUUCGUUGACAGGAAUCGUCUGGGUCCGUACGGUGCCUCUGCUUUAUUCAUCGCCUGUUCUUCAAAUUCAUCCCUCAAAAGGUUGCUGAUGAGACGUUGUCGCGUUCGAGAACGAGGGGCUUUGGCCUUUGCAGAGCUAAUAUCGACGAGCUCGGAAUGCGGCUUGGCGGAAGUAGACCUUAGUGCGAAUGGAAUCGGUUUCAAAGGAAGUGUGUCCAUUGAGCGUGCAAUUGUGGAACGCAACCAGAACUCUGAUUUACCAGCUUUAAUUGUGAACAUGGAAGGCAAUCUAGUACUCCAAGAAGUACUCAAUGGCGUGACUCAUGGAUUGGGAAUCAUUCUGGCUUUGAUGGGCUCGUCACUUCUGUCCAGCAGCGUCCGACACCAACCAUCCCGUCAUGUCGUCAGCUGUGCAGUAUACUCGACCAGCCUGAUUGUUCUGUAUACCAGUUCUACUCUGUAUCAUUCGUUUUUUAUCUUGCAAAACACCAAGUACAUUUUCGAGGUCAUGGACAAGUGCGCCAUUUAUAUACUCAUUGCUGGUAGCUAUACCCCAUUCCUCCAGAUCGUCCUGCAGCACGACCCAUUGUGGGCCAAUGGGCUCUUGGCCUUCAUUUGGUGUUGCUGUCUGCUGGGAAUCUCAGUCGAAGCAUUCUUUCCAACCUACAAACACAAGGGUCUGUUUUCGCUCGCUAUGUAUCUGGGCAUGGGAUGGUGCUGUAUUGUUUGCUUACCAGAAUUUUCCCGCAUCGUUCCUACUCGCUUGAUCCACCUCGUGAUUCUGGGUGGCGCCGCCUACACUCUGGGUGUCCCCUUCUUCGUUCGCAACAACCAUCUCGACCACUGUAUUUGGCACAUUUUCGUCAUGGUGGGCAGUAUAUUCCACUGGUGUGGCAUUUACUUUUACGUCGCCACAUUUGAUGACGAGUUGGCGUUGGCAAAUGCUUCUUCGUCCUAACAGCAAGAUGAAACACAGGCCUGCCGGUUUCUCACUCGGAGCAAGAGCUGCACGAUGCAGGCAACAUAUGUUCGAGCAAAGAUAAAAUCUAGUCCAAAAAAUAAGGUU